AUGAGAUAUGAAACCUCCAGACAACUAAACAGCCUUUUAUGUAAUCCAAAACUAUUUUUAAAACCAUCGAAUGAACUUCAUUCUAUUAUUCUUUGUCAAGUAAAAAAACUACUCGAUCCUAUAGUUAAACAAAACAGUAUUUUUGAAGAAUUAUAUAUUGAUAAUUUGGACAAUAAUCAAAUUUUUGAGGAAGUCAAAUUAAUUACAGAUGAACUACUUGACAAGUUAGAAGAGUUAAAUUUUAUCUUAAAAAGUCAAAUAAAUUUUCAAGAAAAAAAAAAACAUAAUGAAACAGAAAGAGAUACAAUAGAAAGGAAUAUAGACAAUUCUUUAAAAAUUACUGAAAGGGAUAGCAAAAAAAAUAAAACAUGUUUAAAUAUGUAUGUAAACAAUACAUUAUUAAUUAAUGAUGAUUUUACUUUGAAGGAAGAUAAAGAAGUAAAUAGAACAAAAGAUUCUAAGCAAAAUAAUUUAGUUUCUAUUGAUGGUUUUAAUAAAACAAAAUUAAAGAAAAUAGACAAACUUUAUGAAAAAGAAGAUUCAGAAGAAACACAUUCUCUUUUCAAUUUAAAUGAUACUGAAAUAAAUGAAGAAUAUGCAACUCAGGAAAUUGAAAAUACCAAUGAAAUUAGAUAUACUGAUUUUUUUUCUCCAACAGAAGAGUUAAACUAUAAAGAAUUAUCUAUAAAAAACAUAACAGAAAAUGGUAGUGAAGAUGCGGAUAAAUCUGAAGAAAGUACAUAUAUGGAAGAAGUUGAAAAAAAUAAUGCAUUUAAAGUUCCAGAAGAUCUAUUUGAACUUACUAAUGAUAAAAUAAAUGAAAAAAAAGUAGCAAUAGACAAAUCAAAGUAUACAAAAAAUCAAGAAAUAUUAUCUAAAAAAAUAAAAGAGCUUGAAAUAGAAAACAUAACAAAGAAAGAUUGGAAAUUAAUGGGUGAAGUAAAAGCUAAAGAUAGAUCUAUAAAUUCUUUGCUUGAAGAAGAUAUAGAAUUCGAAAGAGCAACAAGAUCUAUUCCAAUAACAACUAAAGAAAAUAUUUUAAAUCUUGAAGAAAUAAUUAGAAAAAGGAUUAUGGAUUCCAAUUUUGACGAAAUUCAGAAAGUUUAUCCUAAAGAAAAAAAAAUAUUCAAUACUAGCAAAUUACUCGAAAUUUAUGAUAGAAAAAAUGAAAAAAGUUUAACAGAAAUUUAUGAAGAUGAAUAUAAAAAAAAGACAGACCCUACUUAUUUAGAAAAAGAAGAUCAAAAAUUAAAUAAAGAACAUAAUGAAAUUAAAGAACUUUUCCAGAAAGCAAUAAAGAAACUUAACUCUUUAAGUAAUCUAUAUUACAAACCAAAAUAUGCAAAACCUUCUCUUAAUAUUGUAUCUAAUGUUUCAACAAUUGUUAUGGAAGAAGCUCAACCAUCGUCGUUUACCGCAUCUACUAUGCUAGCCCCUCAUGAAAUAUAUGUUACUGGUUCAGAAAAAAAUAACAAAGAAGUUUUUGAAAGAUCAGGCGUAGUAAUUGCAAAAGAUGAGAUGACAAGACAAGAGAAACUUAGGAUCCGACGACGACUUGAGUCAAAAAAAAAACGUCACAGAUCAUUAUUAAACAAAACUAAUAGAUUAACCGAUAAAAUUACUAAAAUAUUAAAAAAAGGAAAUAUUAAAAUAAUACAACCAAAUAAUGAAGCAAAAAAUAUCUCAGCUCAAAUAUUGAAGAAAAAUAAUAAAAAAAUUAAAAAUUCAGCUGUAUUAAAAUUAUAA